GAGUGCGCGGUCGGGAUGCGGUGCGGGAAGAUGGCGGCGGCGGCGCCCUCCGCGCCUGCAGCUGGGGCUGCGGGCGGCUGGGGCGGCGUGCGGCGGCGUUGCCAGCGGCUGCUCUACUGGGUGCCCGUGCUCUUCAUCUCCAGCAUCCUCUGCUGGUCCUACUACGCCUAUGUCACCCAGCUUUGCCUGCUAACAAUGACAAACAUUGGAGAAAAAGUUGUGUGCCUGGUCGCUUACCACAUAUUUUUCAUGCUGUUCGUCUGGUCAUAUUGGAAAACAAUCUUUACUCUACCAAUGAAUCCUUCAAAAGAAUUUCAUCUGUCAUACUCGGACAAAGAAUCCCUAGAAAGGGAGCCAAGAGGUGAAUCCCAGCAAGAAGUCUUACGACGAGCAGCCAAGGAUCUUCCUAUCUAUACACGGACAAUGUCUGGAGCAAUCAGGUACUGUGACAGAUGCCACCUCGUAAAACCAGAUCGUUGCCAUCACUGUUCUGUGUGUGACAAAUGCAUUCUGAAAAUGGAUCAUCAUUGUCCUUGGGUGAACAACUGUGUCGGAUUCUCCAAUUACAAAUUUUUUCUUCUCUUCUUGGCUUACUCUCUACUGUAUUGCCUUUUCAUUGCUGCAACAGAUUUACAGUAUUUUAUCAAGUUUUGGACAAAUGGCCUUCCUGAUACUCAAGCCAAGUUCCACAUCAUGUUUUUAUUCUUUGCUGCUGCUAUGUUUUCUGUCAGUUUAUCUUCUCUCUUUGGGUACCACUGUUGGCUUGUCAGCAAAAAUAAAUCGACUUUAGAGGUAUUCAGAGCACCCAUAUUUCAUCACAGAACAGACAAGAAUGGUUUCAGCUUGGGCUUCAGCAAAAACCUAAGACAGGUGUUUGGUGAUGAGAAGAAGUACUGGCUGUUGCCUGUAUUUUCAAGCCUAGGGGAUGGUUGCUCCUUCCCAACUUGCCUUGUGAAUCAAGAUCCUGAGCAAGCCUCCACACCUGGUGGUCUUAAUUCAACAUGCAAAAAUGAGAACCACCUGUUCCCUGCAAAGCCACUACGAGACUCUCAGAGCCACCUCCUUACUGAUACACAUUCCUGGUCGGACACUGGUGCAAAGGCUGAAAAGGGCAAAGUUGGUAUGAGCAAUCCUGCAUUAACCAUGGAGAAUGAAACCUAGCUUCCCUAAAAAGACACAUCUGAAUAUUUUAGGAAAGUUCAAGAAAAAGCUGUUGGUGGAAGGAAGAUGGAUUCUUCCAAAAUCAGCCCUAUUGGCCAGCUGCUCCUGUCUGCUCCUAUGUGGAUGUGCUCAGAAAACAAACUGACAGAUGAUUAGCUGUCUCCAUGUCAUUGCUUGAAACAUGAAACAAAACAUGCUAUUUUGAAUCACGUAAAGAAUGUUUCAACUUAAAAUUACUAUUUUUGAAUGGUGAAAGGUGAUUCUGAGUACUGGGGGAGGGAAGGGGAAUAGUGAGUUUACUAUUGUAAAAAAAAUUCUGUGGCUGGUUUUACUUCAAUAUUCAGCACACAAAAAAAAAAGACCUCCUUACAUGCCAGCCUAGGUUCUUGCCCUGAUUUUGAAAGUUCAGCUGUUAAUUCAAAUCACUGUAAGUAUUUGACUUAAAUCAAACGUUUGCACUGCUGGCUUGAUCUUGAUAAAGUGGGAGAAUAAUCAGUGUUGAUUAUGGACAAUUUAGUUGCUUGGUGGACUGCAUCUUCUUUUGAGUGCUUAUGCAAUUUUCUGAAGAUAAAGCAGCCCAAGUGAAGUGUCAGACUGUUCCUGGUACUGUUUUGGACAACAUUACAGCAUAGGCUCCCUUUUAAAUAACUUGAAAGUGGAUGUGGGGAAAUCUCCUUUGAUAAUUAAAUGCUUGUGAGUCCCUGAUAAGUGAGUGAUUAAAAAGCCCACAUUCAGAAGGACAGUAUGUAAGUGAAGCUGGUACACUGGGGAUUUUUAUGAAAGCUGCACAGGACAAUCCUAUGAAAUUGGGAUUUUAUUCUCCCAAUUAGAGCCUUCAUUCCUUUAAGAAAAGGAAGGCUGGCACCUCACUCGAACCAAAAGGCAUUUGGUUUUGUUAUUGAUGUUGGUUUUGUCUGUGUUUUUUGUUUUUUAACAAAUCUGUGUUCUUGAUGGACAUCGUCUUUCAAAAUUUCACUUCUGCUUAAUUGAGAGUUGUUUCAGAUAUUUUUUUACUUGUUCUUUAAGACACUGCAUUCCUGACUGCGUAAAUUAAUAUCAUCUAUAAUCAAGGAGACGUUGUAACGUGAUAUUUGCAGUUAUGGGACAAUGAACAUUUGACUGUAAUACCAAAACACCAGACUGCUGCAUGUAGGAAGCCCCCCUCCAUUCAACUGGAGAUAGACAGCAGCUUUCUUAACAUCUGAGUUAACCAGUCAGAUAAUGAAAGAUAAGAUGUAUUACCAACUGCAAAGCCAAGGAAAUUUCUGCAACACAGAUCUAAUUGUCUUGUGCCUUUUGUAUACACCACAUUUAUGGUAUCAGAGUUUACAUUUAAAUGCAAAAUAUUUGUUCUUCUGAAAAUAACAAGAAGGAAAUUAGUUAUGCUUUUCAGGUGGAAUCACAGUGUAAAGAUUCCAAUUUGUUGAAGAAGAGCAAGCCCAUUUAGAAUACUGGUAGCAAGACUAAGUGAUGGAUCUCUGAAAGGAAAAAUCUUAUUAUUAACCCUUCUAAGGCAGGUAACUUCCUUUUGUUUCUUCUGGGAUUACAACUUAAGUGGUAAGUCCUGGAGCACAAACUGGCUUUUUUUUCUUGUGAGGAAAAGGUAUUGCAUUUGUUUGUUGUUUUUUUUUUUUACUCUCAAAAUAUUAGCAACCUGAAAACAUCUGAUUCUCGCCAGAAGUGCCAGAGUAUGGAUCCACUGCUGUAGAACACUUUUUAAGAACUAGCAUGAAGGUAGCACAUGGUUUACAUGAUGCCUGCAGACAUCCUCUAACCAAAACUUUUCCACAGCUAUUUAUUCAGUGUUGUCUUAUCUGCUUAGUUUUUAUUAGUGUUUGUUUAGGGAUAAAGGGGAGAGGAAAAAAUAUAUAUUUUUGACACUUCAAGUUCUCUGGCUGUAUAGUCUUGUUUUUUUAUGCAGUCAGGGUGAUUUGUUGUGGAGCAUGCAUUUGAAAAGAGUAUAAAGUUGAAAUUCAGCUUUAAUGUAAUCUGCUCCAUAUUUUUACAUACAGACAAAUACAGCUUUCUUCCCAGCAAAAUUCAUAAUGGGAAUUGCUGGAACGCAGGUGGCAGACCUGCCCUGUGGCAGGACAGCAAUCACCCUCCCUCGAUGUGCUCAGGGCUCUGUGGGGUCUCAGUAAGGCUAAAAACUGAUGUAUAGAAAUGACAGGGAUCAGGAACUGUCAGUGUCUCAGCAGUCACAUUUAGAAAGCACAAUAACCCUAAAUAAUCUUCAGUUUUGAUGUAGCCUUCGGCUGUCUCUCUAGGAGAAAAGUAAGGGAGAGCACAUGAGGCCAGGGAACAAACUGAUGAAGGGAGGGGAUAGGAAGAUGAGACAUGAGCAUCAUUCAGUUGUGGUCAGCAGAUCUGAACUGGAGGGCCAUGGCUAUACCAGAUCACAGGCUGGUAUGAGUUAGGCCCCAUGAACACUGAUGGCAGCUGGGGUGAGAGCAAAGCUCAUCAUGCUCCAAGGUGUAGUUUCUAAUUCAACUCUAUUUUUGGCUUUAAAUGCCCCAACAACCUAUACAGUACAUAGAGAAGUGACAUAGUGUCAUUGAGCACUGAUGCUAUUCCCAUGCAUGUGGGAGAAUUUGUGAACAGGUAACAGGAGCAAGAACACAAUGUCAUUUGUCCACUUACUCUGAUUCUCCUGCUCUUCACACUGUUAUUGCUAGGCACUUUACUAUAGUCUUCUAAGUGAUAUCCGUAUUUUUUUUUUAAA